CCCGGAGUCCUCCUCCUGCAGGAUCUGACAGCUACGUUCCUGGGAGAUAUCCGCCACGCCGACGGUCUAGAAGUGGCGGUGAUCGGUAUCGACGAGAGCGGUCAAGGGAUCGAGAGAGCCCACGCAGGCGAGAACGAAGCAGAUCUCCCAUGAGAAGACCGUCUCCUCCUCGGCGUAGUUUGUCAAGGAGGCCAUCUCCCAUGCGAGCCGACAGAUACGAGCGCCCUCGGUCCCCAGCGAGGGACUGGGAUCGUGAUCGUGAACGUGAACGUGAACGAGAACGGCCAAGAGAGCGAGAAUGGGAUCGCGACCGAGUUCGCGAUACCAGGGAGCGUGAUUUUGAUCGUCGUGACGACAGGUCUCGAUCACCAUUUAACAGAGACCGACGGGAGAGAACUCCCCCCGGAAGGUCGCCACCUCGAGGACCUGGUGGGGGCGGAUCAUAUCGUCCACGCUCGCGAUCCCCAAGCCGGCGGGGUGCUGAUCGAUACCAGUCGUAUCGGCGAGUCUCUCCUCCCAGAGAGUCAGGGAUAUCGUCUGCAAUUACCUCUCAGUCAGCAUCCGGAAGGUCGUCACCUCGCCCAAGUUCCAUUCGGGCCCGGUCACCACCAGCUUUGUCUCGCGAAGAUUCUCCCCACCACCCCAGCAUGUCAGGGGCCGCACCUCCCAGAGACGCCCCCCGGCCCGUAGCAUAUGACUCGACGCCUCCAGCCUCUCGAUCACCACCGCGUGGCCCAGCCGCUCUUAGAGCUCCCCCAACUGGACCUGCGGCAAAUCGAAACUACACGGUACCGGUGUCUUCUCCAGCUCCUCCCCCACUGGUGCGGACUCAGACGCCCACAGCUCCUCCGCCACUUCGAUCAGGGACAACCAGUCCGACAAACCCUCCAGCAGGCCCACGGGGGUACGUUCCCCCGGCUCGCGGUGGUUUCGCACCUCGUGGUGGAAGAGGUGGAUGGACCCAGCCACCCCCGAGACAUAUGUCUGGGCUUUCACCAACUCCUUCCACACCCAACGGGCCUUCAAUUAUUCCCACCGGCCCACGUGCCACUCCUUCUAAUGCUCCCUCAUCAUCUACCCCCACGCAAACUCGACCCUUCAAUCCCCCCACCGGCCCAUCAGCCCAACAUCCGGGAAGUACCCGACAAACGCUCGCACAGAGCAUGCUCGCAACGUUGCCGCCUCUCAUCCCUGGAGGCAAACUGGAUCCCUCGAUGACGCCCUCUGUCUUGGGCGUGACCCGAGAGAUCGAACCGCAUUACCGGAAACUCAAGGACGAGGAGGAGAAGCUGCGGGACGAGCUGCAGGCCAAGCAAGAGCGCCUGCGUAAGAGCUUGUACAACUGGGAUCGACUGGAGCGCGACUCACGAGCUUGGGAAAUGCGCAGUGACCUGAGCGAGAAGAGUAUGAAGAACAUGGCAGGCGAAGGCAUGGGCGGCGCGGCUUUCUAAGACGGUCCCCUCAGCUAGCUGAUACGAAGCACCGAGAGCAAUCGAGAUACGGCGCACAGGGGAUUGCAACGGCUUUACGUUGGCCAGUGAUAGUUUAUGCACGCAUGGCUCUGGACUGGACAGCGGUGUUUUUUACAUGUACAUUAGCAGCAGUGUCAGUGUUUCGUUAGUAGAUUUGUCGUGGUAUGAGAUACCCUCUGCGCAAGGCGCCACGAGUCCCAAAUUUAAUUACGAUUGCAACACUUGAGGC